GUCACGUAUGCACAAAGACUAGUCUUAUCGCUUCACCGUAUACGUAACGGCUUCAAUAGCAAAACAACUUGAAACCUUUUUUUUUUUGCUUGUUAGAAAAACCAUUUGACAGAUUAAUAAUUAAUUUCUUUGAAAUGAAAUUGGAGCUGAUCUUCAUACCAUCACCAGGUGAAGGACACAUCCGACCACUAGUGGAGGUGGCUAAGCUUCUUGUCGACCGCGAUGAUCAUCUCUCCAUCACCAUCCUCAUCAUCCCUCAGAUUCAUGGAUUCAGUAGCGGCGGCUCCGACUCCUACAUCUCUUCUCUCUCCUCCUUGUCUGAAGACCGCCUUCGCUAUCACAUACUCUCUGUCGCCGAUAAACCAAACUCCGAUGACUCCAAACCAAAUUUCCUCACCUACCUAGAUAGCUUCAAGCCGCAAGUGCUUGCGACGGUGAAAAAAAUUAUUGACACGGCUCAAAUAGAGUCGAAGCCGCCGCCUCGACUUGCUGGAUUUGUGGUUGAUAUGUUCUGCAUGGCCAUGAUUGAUGUAGCCAACGAGUUCGGCGUCCCGAGUUACAUGUUCUUCACUUCCAACGCUACGUUUCUUGGAUUGCAGGUUCAUGUUCAGUACCUUCACGACGUUAAGAACUAUGACGUCAGUGAUAUAAAGGACUCGGACACCUCUGAGUUAGAGAUCCCGACUCUGACUCGUCCUUUACCGGUUAAGUCUUUCCCCUCCGUGAUGUUAAGCAAGGAGUGGUUACCGAUUAUGUUUACCCAAACUAGAAGGUUCCGAGAAACUAAAGGUAUUUUGGUUAAUACUUUCGCAGAGCUUGAGCCUCAAGCUAUGAAGUUUUUCUCCGGUGGAGAUAGUCCUCUUCCUACGGUGUACACAGUUGGACCAAUUUUGAAUCUCAAAAUCAAUACUCCAACUUCAGAAGACGAUAAGCAAUCAGAGGUCUUACGGUGGCUCGACGAGCAGCCGAGUAAAUCUGUUGUGUUCCUCUGUUUUGGAAGCAUGGGAGGUUUCCGUGAGGACCAAGCUAGGGCAAUCGCAAUCGCACUUGAGCGAAGUGGUCACAGAUUCGUCUGGUCUCUUCGUCGUGCUAUGCCAAAGGGAACGAUGGGACCUCCCGGAGACUUCACGAACCUUGAGGAGAUUCUCCCGGAAGGAUUCUUAGAACGGACGGCAGAGAUCGGUAAGAUUAUAGGUUGGGCUCCUCAGAGCGCCAUACUAGCAAAUCCUGCGAUAGGAGGGUUCGUAUCGCACUGUGGUUGGAACUCGACACUAGAGAGUCUAUGGUUCGGAGUUCCAAUAGCCACGUGGCCGCUUUAUGCCGAGCAACAAGUUAACGCGUUCCAGAUGGUUGAGGAGCUAGGGUUAGCUGUGGAGAUCCGAAAUAGUUACCGGGGAGACUUUAUGGAGAUGGAGUCGGAGUUGAUGACGGCGGAGGAGAUAGAGAAAGGGAUCAAGUGUUUGAUGGAAGAGGAUAGUGACGUGAGGAAUAAAGUGAAGGAGAUGAGUGAGAAGAGCCACAUAGCUUUAAUGGAUGGUGGAUCAUCGCAUGUUUCUCUUCUAAAGUUCAUUCAAGAUGUAACUAAGAAUAUCCCUUGAAUCUUUACAAAUCUUACAUAACAUUAUCAUAUAUUUCCAUGAUUUAGUAGUGGCUGUAUCUAAGUUACCAAUUUCGUCAAAUAUAAGCUUAAGUAACGCUUGUAUUUUA